GAAUCACACCAAGUCAAGAGAACAUGGGGAUGUCCUCCUCCUCCUCUUUCCUUCUCUUGUUCUUCUUGUUCUUCAUCAUUUUAUCAAUUGAUUCAGCUGCUCCAUCGUGCCCCAUAGAUCUCAGCUAUGUGGAAACAUUCCCAUGGGACACUUCAUCCUGCCUGGACCCCAACGGGAAAUACUGCUGCCAGACCCUUCUCAGCCUCAUCGACAUGGGGCUUGCUCAACACCUCAAAGAAACCUCCAUGUUCCAACUCCCAGACGCAGCUUCUUCAUCUUCUUGCCUCUCCGAUCUCCAAACCAAGCUCGCCGCCUUGUCGAUCCAGCCCUCUGUCGUCCCUCGCUGCUUCCAAAACUCAACCCAGUUCGUCGCUAACCGUUCUAGUUGUGCUGGAAUCAUAACAGCCCAAGAUUGGAAUCAAAAGAUCGGUUCAAUGACUCCAUUGGAAGAUUUCUGCAAGGGAGAGUUAACCGGUUUCAUUCGGUGUAGCUCCUGCUUGGAAGCUCGCGUGAAGGUGGCUUCCCAGCUGACCAGUUUAGACCCGAACGGCACAAAAUGCUUCUACUUCACAAUCUUAUACGCUGCAGGAAUUGUUAACGAGUACGGCCCGAAGAACGCCAGCACUGCUUCCUGCGUUCUAGGCUUGCCAUUGUCAGCCUCAGCGACAGACAAGUCAUCGAACCAUUUGAGCAGGAACAUGAUUAUUGGAUUGUCGGGUGCUCUUGUCGGCGUUCUGCUCGCUGUCGGAGUGAUCAUCCUGUACAGAAAACGGCGCAAGAAAGAAAUGCAACAGGCUUUGCAUGAAGAAUAUGUGAGCAAUUUCAGAGCCAGCGUAUUACCCAACACGGGCGCAAAAUGGUUUCACGUGUCGGAGCUGGAGCGAGCCACGAACAGGUUUUGUCAGAGGAAUUUGAUCGGUCAAGGCGCACAUGGGGUUGUUUACAGAGGAACUCUUGCAGAUGGGAAUUUGGUUGCGGUGAAACAACUUCUUGAUUUGGAUUCCAAAGGGGACGAAGAUUUUUGCAAUGAGAUUGAGAUCAUUAGCAAAAUAAGACACAGAAAUCUUCUCUCCCUACGAGGCUGCUGCGUUACGAGCGACAAUCUGAAAGGAAAGAGGAGGUUUUUGGUCUACAAUUUCAUGUCAAACGGCAGCCUUGGUGAUCAAUUGUAUGAACAGAGCAGAAAGCAAUUGACAUGGCCUCAGCGCAAGAACAUAGUUCUUGAUGUCGCCAAAGGGCUUGCUUACUUGCAUUAUGGAAUAAAACCGGCGAUUUAUCACCGAGACAUAAAGCCCACCAACAUACUUCUUGACUCGGAAAUGAAGGCCAAACUGGCAGAUUUCGGCCUGGCCAAGCAAAGCAACGAAGGCGAGUCUCAUCUCACCACCAGAGUUGCCGGCACGCACGGUUACUUGGCGCCAGAGUAUGCUCUGUACGGGCAACUAACAGAGAAGAGCGAUGUUUACAGCUUUGGGGUUGUGAUUCUGGAGAUUAUGAGUGGGAGGAAAGUGCUGGACACAUCAAAUUCUGCAGUGCUGUUGAUCACGGACUGGGCUUGGAUGCUUGCAAAAUCAGGAAAAGUGGAAGAAAUAUUCGAUGAGGGGAUAAGAAAAGAAGGGCCAAAAGCUGUGAUGGAGAGGUUUGUUCUUGUGGGGAUGCUUUGUGCUCAUGUUAUGAUGGCUUUUAGGCCUACCAUUGCUGUGGCGCUUAAGAUGUUGGAGGGUGACAUUGAGAUUCCUAGAUUAACAGACAGGCCAUUGCCGCCUAGUCACGAGUCAUUUAGAUCUUCUCUGCACUAGAGUUUAUGAGCUCCAGUACGAAAACAGAGUAGACUGGAAAACCCAGAUCUUCAAAGGUGCAUGGCUAUUGAUAUGUACUGGAAAGUCUGGAAUUUAGUUUUUCCAAUUUUAUGGAAUUAAUUCAACUCUGAAAUCACACCGACUGUAAUGUUAGA